AUGGUGAAGGGGGAAUUGACAAUUGGCUUUAUAAUAAUUUGCGUCGGAGUUUUAGGGUUUGGAAAUGUUGAAGGUAACGUUGAUGUGAUCAGUUUCGGUGCUUGCGGAGAUGGUAAAACUGAUGAUUCACAGCUCCUAGGAAUUCUUUUGAUUCCUAAUACUAGUGAGUGGAAAUCAAAUCAAACACACGCAUGGAUAAUCUUCGAAGAAGUUGAGGCCCUCACCGUCGUUGGAUCAGGAAAGAUCGAUGGUCGUGGUGAGUCCUGGUGGAAGAUUGGUACAGACGCAGAUCGACCAACGUCACUAUAUUUCAAAAGGUGCAAUAAUCUUCAAGUGAGUCAAAUUAUUUCGGUGAAUACUCCAAGAAAUCAUAUUAGCAUCCAAGAUUGCACCGGUCCGACAAUAUCCAAUGUAAAUCUUGUUGCGCCCGGUGAAAGCCCGAACACAGACGGGAUCGACAUCGCUGCAUCGAGCCAAAUCACAAUCAAAGAUUCCAACAUAAGAACCGGCGAUGAUUGCGUGGCUAUGAACGGAGGCGUUGUCGGCAUCAACAUCAUAAAUGUGAACUGUGGUCCUGGUCACGGAAUCAGCGUGGGGAGUUUAGGACGCAAUGGAGGGACAGAAAGUGUAGAGCAAGUGCUAGUGAAGCAUUGUACAUUCAACAAGACCCAAAAUGGAGCAAGAAUCAAGACAGUUCCUGGUGGAAAAGGUUAUGUGAAGGGUGUAAUAUACGAAGAUAUUACACUGAUUGACGCAGGAAACCCUAUCAUGAUUGAUCAGUACUAUAGCUGUGGGGAUCAUUGUCCAUCUGGGGCGAGUGCGGUGGAGAUAAGCAACGUGAGUUUCGUAGGGUUUCACGGGACGUCGGCGGUGAAAAACGCGAUAUCAUUGCAGUGCAGCGAUACGAAGGCAUGCAGCGACGUCAGAAUGGAGGACGUGACCAUCGAACCAGCAGGAAACAUAGAGGAAGUAUGUUCGGUGUGCAGCAAUGUUCGUGGCUAUUCUCGGACUACAACCCCUCGUGUCCCAUGCCUCUCCUAA